UCUUUAACGUCAUUUCUCUCCCAAACUUUCCUGCGAAAAUCACAGAGAGCAAACACAGAGGUAGAGACGUUAAAGAGCUUCUUUAAUCUUCUCGCCAUCUGCGAAAAACUCAGAUUCUGGUUUCGGAAGAAGCUCUGGAGAUUUAAGUGCUGCUUCUUCUUGUUCUUGUUCUUCUUCGAGCUGAUAUGUAGCGUUUGGUUCCGAUGAUGGAGCUCAUCGGCUUGAGAUAGCCUACGGAGAGUGCUGGAGAUCUUUAAUUUUCUUUCUAUUUUGAGGAAAAUGUCGACGAAGAUCAAAGGAGAGCAUUCUUCUAGAAGCUUCGCUUCGCGGAAAUGGACAUUUUUGCUCUGCAUAGGGAGCUUCUGCGUCGGAAUGUUAUUCACAGAUCGGAUGUGGAGUGUACCUGAAUCUAAAGGCAUGCCUCGUCCAUCCGUAACCGAAGCUGAAAGAUUGAAGCUGAUAUCUGAAGGCUGCAAUCCAAAAUCUCUUUACCAGAAAGAAGUAAAACGAGAUCCCCAGGCUUUGUUUGGAAAAGUAUCCAAUACACAUUAUGCUAUACAGACAUUGGAUAAGACCAUUUCAAGCUUAGAGAUGGAGUUAGCUGCUGCAAGGUCAGUGCAGGAAUCUCUGCAAAACGGUGCUCCUGUAUCAGAUGAUAUGGGGAACAAGGAACCGCAGGGAAAGAGACGGUAUUUGAUGGUCGUAGGGAUUAACACAGCUUUUAGUAGCCGAAAGAGAAGAGAUUCUGUUCGAGCAACGUGGAUGCCUCAAGGUGAAAAGAGGAGGAGACUUGAAGAAGAGAAGGGGAUUAUUAUCCGAUUUGUCAUUGGUCACAGUGCCACGGCCGGGGGAAUUCUAGAUCGAGCCAUAGAAGCUGAGGACAGGAAGCAUGGAGAUUUCUUGAGACUGGACCAUGUUGAAGGGUACCUAGAGUUGUCAGGCAAGACCAAAACUUACUUUUCUACAGCGUUUUCAAUGUGGGAUGCAGAUUUCUACGUCAAAGUAGAUGACGAUGUUCAUGUAAAUAUAGCAACUCUUGGGGAAACACUUGUUAGACACCGGAAAAAACCACGGGUCUAUAUCGGUUGCAUGAAAUCUGGUCCUGUCCUCUCUCAAAAAGGAGUGAGAUACCAUGAGCCAGAGUACUGGAAAUUUGGUGAGAAUGGGAACAAAUACUUCCGUCAUGCUACUGGACAGAUAUAUGCCAUUUCAAGAGACUUGGCUUCUUAUAUCUCUAUCAAUCAGCAUGUUCUUCACAAGUAUGCGAAUGAAGAUGUUUCGUUAGGAGCUUGGUUUAUCGGAAUCGAUGUUAAACACAUUGAUGAUAGAAGAUUAUGCUGCGGCACUCCUCCUGAUUGUGAAUGGAAAGCGCAAGCUGGAAACAUCUGUGUAGCAUCAUUCGACUGGACCUGCAGCGGAAUCUGCAGAUCAGCAGAUCGCAUCAAAGAGGUUCAUCGACGUUGUGGCGAAGGCGAAAAUGCGCUUUGGAGUGCCACCUUUUGACAUAUAAACAGAAGAAUGAUAAAAAAACAAACGGUUUUGUUCAGCCUCCAAAAAAACAGCCCAAAGAUCAGACGAAGGUGUAAAAAGAUACCAUUUUUUGUGCUUCUUGAUAUUACCAAGAGAUAUCCACUUUUGAAAUCAUCAGUACGUAGGAAAAGCAGGACUACACAGAUCAGUGUGAAAUCUCUGGCAAGAAUCGCGACUGCGUUUUGGAUACGUUGCAAUUGUGGCGUUUCCGUUUUAGUUUUAAGGAAACCGAGCACUGCAGUGAACGCCCCUGCUGUUUUGUCCUUUUUGGAUGGCUUGGAAAUGAAGCAACUUGUGGAUUUGUUACAUCAAUACAAAAACUAUACCCUGCUUCUUUUGCCUAUAGAACUAUUGCCAUAACAGAAAUCUAUAAAACAAAUCUAACUGAUCAUCUACA